AUGGCGAGCAGUGUGGUUUGCAACGGAAAGACGUACGAUCGUCACGGUCUCGUUGGCUAUGGGCUGAUCCCUUCCGUUGCACGAGACAAAUUUGGAGAUACGCUGGGAGGCAUAGGCAGCUCAGUUGUUAUUGACCAAUCCUCGUGGGAGAAGAGCGGAGAUGGAACUUACAGAGGCGUCGCCUGGUGUUUGCCUGACCGCGGAUGGAACAGAGAGGGCACGGUCAACUUCCAGAAUCGCGUCCACAAGAUUGGGUUGAAGUUAACCCUAAAACCGGAUGCGACAGCGGAGAAUCCCUCAGAGCCAAAUCUUCAGCUCAGAUAUCUGGACACAGUUCUUUUCACUGGCCCAGACGAUACUCCCACUACAGGCCUUGAUGCAAAUGGGCAGCUUUCCUAUCCGGAAUUUCCAGAUCUACCUCUACCCGCGGCAAAGUAUACAGGAGACGGCUUCGGAGAAGCAGGGCCGGGAGGUCACCGUAUAGCUGUCGACAGCGAAGGCCUCGUUCUUGGCUCCAAUGGCACGUUUUGGGUCAGCGACGAAUACGGCCCGCACAUCUACAAAUUCUCCCCCACCGGGAAAAUGUUGCAGGCCAUACGCCCGCCUGAUGCGUACAUCCCCCGUCGGAAUGGGACCGUGAGCUUUUCGUCCGCUUCACUCUCUAUCUUCGAUCGAAAGGCGGAAGUCGCACAAAUUCGUCCAGAGGAUCCUGACUCCGGACGCGGCAACAACCAAGGCUUCGAAGGUCUCACCAUCUCGCACGACGGAAAGAAGCUGUAUGCACUUCUGCAAUCCGCGCUGAACCAGGAAGGGGGCAAGAGAAGGAAGACGCGCAGGCACGCUCGUUUGAUCGAAUACGACAUCCCUGAAGCUGGAGAUGCAGCAUAUGCCCAUGAGUACGUCGUGCGGCUGCCACUGUACGAUGAAGACAAGGCUGCUGGACAGUCCGACAUCCUCUAUGUGGGCGACAAGCAGUUCCUCAUCCUCGCUAGAGACUCGAAUGCGGGCCGCGGAUCCGAGAAUGGGGAAUCGAAAUCGAAGUAUCGCCAAGUGGACAUAUUCGAUAUCAGCCAGGCCACAGACAUCAAGUCUGACGAGUACGACCACGCUACUGGGGCGAUUGCGGAUCAGAACGGCGGACUAGUCAGUGGCAUCGUUCCUGCAGAGUAUUGCGGAUUUGUCAACAUCAAUGACGAAUCUGAGCUCAGAAAAUUCAAGUUGCACAACGGCGGACCACAGGAUGAAUGGCUAUUGAAUGAGAAAUGGGAGUCUAUCUCCCUCGUGCCAGUAGAGCCGAAGGGCGAUGGUUCUCAGGGUAGCAAUGAUAGCAAGGAGUAUCUCAUGUUUUGCUUUAGCGACAACGACUUCAUCACUCAGGAUGGGCGAAUGAAUUUUGGGGAAUUUCAUUUUAAGGAUGCAAUCGGCUAUGAAGUGGAUUCCCAGGUUCUAGUUUUCCGUGUCACUCUUCCGCAGUGA